AUGAACUCCUCAGAGGCUCCCGUGAGCUUUUCCGAGGGUGAUGGCUUGGCUGAUCAGUUUCUCCGCAUAGAGCGAGAGCAGGCCCUCCGCCUGAAGGAGCUCAGCUUCCUCGAGCCCGUCGAGUACGUUUACAACCCCUUGGAAUACGCCUGGGAGCCCCACGAAGAUUACGUGCAUCGAUACUGUCGGUUCCGCAAGGAGGUGCUGUUUCUUGGUAUGAACCCAGGGCCUUUUGGAAUGGCCCAGACUGGGGUAAGAAGGCAAGCCGAGGUGGGGGAGAGUAAGUUGAGCUUGACAGGAUUUGGAACUUAAUCUGCAUCAGGGCUUCACCUUGUAAGCUCUUAUUUAAGGCUGUGGGGCUCGGCCCUGGGCCACUUGUAAUAAUAGGGAAGCGAGGGCCUUUGAACGUGUUCAGGGUGCUGUUUUUAUUACUUGGAGCAGCUGCAACAAGACUCCGGGCAUCAGGGAUUAGUGGGAAGGAUAUUCGGAUAAGACUUCAAGGCCUAGUAUGUGGAUCGACUUUAACAAAUAAAUCAGGCCCAUGUUUUUGGCUCCCCAUCAAGUCAAGGGACUAGCUAAGUUUUCUGAGGUACAGUUUUCUGCUGGCCACAUGACCCGGAAGCUGUACGCCAGCUCCCUCGGCCAAUAAAGUAAGAUGAGAUGUCCGUGACUGGACCUAACAGUCAGGGGUCCCUUUACCUUUAAAGGACCCGUAACAGUUAAGUCCAGUUUCUAACAACUCUGGGGGUUGUGGCGUUCAUCUCACUUUAUUGGCUGAGGGAGCCGACGUUUGUCUGCAGACAGUUUUUCCGGGUCAUGUGGCCGGCAUGUCUAAGCCACUUCUAGCAAAACCAGAGCAGAGCACGGAAACGCCGUUUACCUUCCCACCGGAGUGGUACCUAUUUAUCUACUUGCACUUUGACAUGCUUUCAAACUGCUAGGUUGGCAGGAGCUGGGACCAAGCAACGGGAGCUCACCCCGUUGUGGGGAUUCGAACUGCCGACCUUCAGAUCGGCAAGUCCUAGGCUCAGUGGUUUAACUCGCAUUCCAUGAGAUUGAAUUACCCACCCCUAAUUGAGAUCACGCCCUUCAGAUUUAGACGAGUUACUGCUUCUGCUGUGCCUUCCCAUAGCAGCUGCCCAAGUGGCAAAAUCACAGCACUGUGGAAGCUCCAUAAAGAAAGCAUUCUAAAAGGGGUGUGUGUGUUUUUAAGAAUGAAAUGUGGCUCCAGAUUUAACAAAAAACAGGUUAAUGUAUAUGAUAGCAGUGUCCCACACCGAAUGUAACUGACCUGCAGAAAGGACUCUAUGAAUUAAAAACAGAGAUGUUGUAUGUACCCUUGCUAUCUAUGAAAAUCUUUUAAUAAAAACAAAUUUUUAAAAAACACAGGUUGCAUCCAGCGCUACACCUACUCAGAACAGACCCAUUAAAAUUAAAAGAUAUGACUAACUGAGGUUCAUUAAUUUUAAUGGGUCUACUCGGAGUAGGACUAGCAUUGGAGUGAAACCCAGUGCAUUUUACGUGUUGCAGAUUUGGGAAAUGUAUGGCUUCGAGUCCAGCAAUGGCAGUGUAAGCACCUGGUGUGCUAAAGAUUCUUAUUGCAAACCACAGCAGCUAGAUAUAGGUAUAACAUAAAAUCACAGCGGCUCUAACUUGUUUUGAUGGUGGGGCCUCCAGGUUGCCUGUCUGUGAAAAGGAACUCAGUGCUGGCUAGAUGAUGGUGGGCGUUAAUAAAAUGACCCCAUGUGCGAGCGAGGCUUCCUGGCCAGCUCUUGUGUGCGAACGAACUGCACGAUUCCAGCGGAGAUACUUCUCUGCUGAAGAACUCUUCCUUGUUAUCUCUCUAGUUUCCUGCACGUGGCUUGGGCCUCGUGGGUGGAACUGGGGUGUCCUGACUUGUCCCAUCGUAGCGGAGUCAACACCCAGACAAAUAGCUUCGCGUCUGCUUUGAUGCUGAGCCAGGAAAGGACAGGAGUAGGGAAAUUGAUAGGGUGGCAAAGUGCUUGCUGUGAUAUUGCGAAGACUUAGCUUAAACAUGUAUAGGUGGGUAGGUGUAAACUGACUGAUUCUCUCCCCCCCCCCCCCGCGCGCGAUGCUAGAAGCAGUUAGCUCUAUGAUGUGGAUGUAGACACAACUUUGCUAAAGGGCAGCGGGUUGUGUGUGUAGGGGGGAAAGUUGUUUCUUUAACUUAAGCUAUGAUAACACAGGAAUUAGUCUGGAGAUCACAGUAAAACAACUGCUUCUGUUUCCUGUGGUCUGCCCACGCUGCAGACAAGCUGGUUUAAUAAGUCAUUCCUCUUCCUUCUGAGGAAUCCUAGGAAUUAUAACUGGGGGGGGGGGGGGCUCUAGCAAAAUCUUCAGCACCCUGAGACAAAGGUGCUGAAGAUCAGACCAUUGUUCCAUCUAGCUCAUAAGUUCCCAAAAUUAUUUGGCCUACCGCCCCCUUUUCAGGGGGGUGGGGAAGCACUCUGUGCCCCCCUGGAAAUCUACCUUCUUUAAGUGAACAGACAAAAAGGUGCAGUGACAAAUUUGCGUUCUUUUAUGUAUUUGUAUUUCUACAUACCUACAUCCUACAGCAUGGGUAGGCAAACUAAGGCCCGGGGGCCGGAUCUAGCCCACUCACCUUCCAAAUCCAGCCCGCAGACAAUCCAGGAAUCAGCAUGUUUUUAGAUGAGUAGAAUGUGUGCUUUUAUUUAAAAUGCACCUCUGGGUUAUUUGUGGGGCAUAGGAAUUCAUGCAUUUCCCCCCCAAAAUAUAGUCCGCCUCCCCACAAGGUCUGAGGGACAGUAGACUGGCCCCCUGCUGAAAAAGUUUUCUGACCCCUGUCCUACAGCAUAGUUCUUGUAAAUAAGACACCUUGAAGCUUCAAAUUAUAAAAUUAUUUAUAGCUCAGUUGGUUAGAGCAUGGUGUUGAUAAUGUCAAGGUUGCAGGUUCAAUCCCCAUAUGGGACAGCUGCAUAUUCCUGCCUUGCAGCAGGUUGGACUAGAUGGUCCUUAAGGUCCCUUCCAACUCUACAAUUCUAUGAUUUCUAUGAAAACCUAUAGGCAGCCAGAGUGAAGCCUGUCCGCUCAGCCUGAACCACCGCAGGGUGGAAGUAACCACUGCUACAUUGCCAAGUGCUGAGGAAGCUGUGGCAUUUUUGUUUUUGGGGGACAGGAGGUGGGCCUGGUCCUGAAUGGGGUAACUGUGCCCCUGAAGGACCAGAUGCGCAGCCUGGGAGUCACAGGUCAAUUCUGUGUCCAGGGCAGCUGUUUAUCAGCUCCAUCUGGUAUGCAAGCUGAGACCCUAUCUGCCUGCGGACUGUCUUGCCAGAGUGGUGCAUGCUCUGGUUAUCUACCGCUUGGACUACUGCAAUGCGCUCUAUGUGGGGAACCUUUGAAGGUGACCCAGAAACUACAACUAAUCCAGAAUGCGGCAGCUAGACUGGUGACUGGAAGCGGCCGCCAAGACCAUAUAACAACUGGUCUUGAAAGACCUACAUUGGCUCCAAGUACGUUUCCAAGCAAAAUUCAAAGUGUUGGUGCUGAUCUUUAAAGCCCUAAACGGCCUCGGCCCAGUAUAGCUGAAAGAGCGUCUCCAGCCCCAUCGUUCAGCCCCGAGGUCCAGCUCCGAGGGCCUUCUGGCGGUUCCCUCACUGCAAGAAGUGAGGUUACAGGGAACCAGGCAGAGGGCCUUCUUGGUGGUGGCGCCCUCCCAUCAGAUGUCAAGGAAAUAAACAACUAUCUGACUUUUAGAAGACAUCUGAAGGCAGCCCUGUUUAGGGAAGUUUUAAAGGUUUGAUAUUUUAUUGCUUUUUUAUUCUGUUGGGAGGAGCCCAGAGCGGCUGGGGAAACCCAGCCAGAUGGAUGGGGUAUUAUUAUUAUUAUUAAAUUGAUGAUGAUGAUGAUAAUAAUAAUAAUAAUAAUAAUAAUAAUAAUAAUAAUAAUAAAAAUUUUAUUUAUAUCCCGCCCUCCCCAGCCAAAGCUGGGCUCAGGGCGGCUAACAACGAUGGUGAAGAUGUACAAAUGGUUUUUCAACAUUUUAUUUCUUCUUUCUUUAUGCUUCUACCACUCCAUUAUUUUUAAUCAACUCCUCCCAAUUGCACCCAAGGCUACUACCUCCCCCCGGGAUCAUUCCAGCGCCCCCCAGGGGGCAAUAUCAUCCACUUUGGAAUCACUGAUCUAGCUACAUAAUAUCUACGCCGACUGACAGAGUCUCUCCAGGAUGUUCAGAGAGGGGUUUUUCCUACUUCUACCUAGAGAGGCUGGGAAAUUCUGCAUGCUCUUUGAAAACUGAAUUCAAUCCCAAAGUCUUAGCAUUCCAGUGGAGAGACCAUGCACGGCGUUAGAAGCCCCAUUCCGUGCUGCACACUUUCAUUCUUAUUUCCCUUUGGCCUGCCUUUUGAAAACCCAAUCCAUUUUGUGGCCUGUGUGAGCAUUUAAAUUUUAUGGAGAUCAGCGUCUGAUAACGAUAGAUGGAUUAGCCUCUCAUCACGAAAGCUUAUCCCACUCCCCUCCCCAAAGAAAAGAUACCAGUAGACGCUUUUCAGAGCAGCAGCUGGGCUGAGCUGGAAAACAGGAGGAGAGGUCUGUAUUUGGCUGGCCUGCACCGGAAGCUCCUGCCUCCCAUCCAAGAAAAACUUUAAUAAAAACAAUUUAAAAGAGAAGAAGCCCCUGUCUCUGUUGUCCACAAAACUGUUGUUCACAAUUAAGGCUUGCGAAGCAAAAGACUUCGCUGCACAGCCAGGUCCUCUGUAAGCUCAUCUCACAGCCCUAUAUAUGUUUACUACACAGAAGUAAGACUCAUGGGAUCAAUUAAGUUUCACUCAGAGGAGUCUUGUUGAAACGUAUGAACAGGACUAAGUUAGGUCCAUUGAUUUCAGUGUGUCUGCUCUGAGCAAAAUCGAGUUGAAAACCACCCAUGGUAUAAGAUCAGUUUUUCCCAACCUUGGGUCUCCAGCUGUUUUUGGACUACAAUUCCUAUCAUCCUUGACCCACUGGUCUUGCUAGCUAGGGAUGAUGGGAGUUGUAGUCCAAAAACAGCUGGAGACCCAAGGUUGGGAAAAACUGCUUAGAUGAAUAAUGAUUCCCAAAACCCCAUGAAACAUCCAUUUUUAUUCAUCUACCCUUGACUUUCCUACUUAUUAUUAUUUAUACAAGGCAUAGGCACACUCGGCCCUCCAGAUGUUUUGGGACUACAAUUCCCAUCAUCCCUAGCUAAAAGGACCAGUUGUCAGGGAUGAUGGGAAUUGUAGUCCCAAAACAUAUGGAGGGCCGAGUUUGCCUAUGCCUGAUUUAUACAGUGGUACCUCAGUUUAAGAACAGCCCUGUUUACGAACUAUUUGGUUUAUGAACUCUGCAAAGCUGGAAGUAGUGUCCUGGUUUGGAAACUUUACCUCGGUCUAAGAACGGAAGCUGAACGGUGGAAGGGCACUGGCGGCAGGAGGCCUCGUUAGGGAAAGCGCGCCUCGGUUUAAGAACGGACUUUCAGAACAGAUUAAGUUUGUAAACCGAGGUACCACUGUAUAUGGCAUUUCUUCCAAAAUGAAUCUUACAGUGGCACAAGAACAUAAAAGAGUCCUGCCAGAGGAGGCCAGAGGCCUAUUUAGUCCAGCAUCUUCUCACAGCAGCCAAUCUGAUGCCUAUGGGAAUCUUGCUAGCAGGACCUGAAUGCAACAGCUUCCCCAAUUGUGAUUUCCAGCAGCUGUUAUUCAGAAGCUUACUGCCUCUGGCAUAUGUAGUCUUCACAGGUACUAAUUAGACCUAGACCUCUUCUUAGGUGAUCUUGAGCAGCUAUGCAAGGAAAUAAUUGUGGUACCCCCAUGGAGUAAUCUGGAUUCUCUCUGUGGUGAAGAUCCCUAGUAGAGGUUUCACCAUGAAGCUGUCUUCUUCUUUGUCACUGAGGAGGAAUGGUGGGAGCCUCCCCUUCCCCCUGCUCCUGCUCCUAAAUCUUCCCAGGAGCAAGAGGACAAUAUAGAUUUCGAACAGUGGUUUGCAGAGGGACAUAGUUCAGAAGGCAGAAGCUGGGAAAUAUUGGAUGGGGAACAGCUAGGAGAAGAAACACUGGAAGAGAGAGGGUUAACAGUUUCACAGUCUCUGGACAACAUUCCUCCACUCAGCCCAAGGUCAAGAAGAGCUCAGAAAGUGUCAGAACAGAAAGCACAGAGGAUACAAACUCAGAUUACAAAACGUAGGAGUGACGUAGAUUAAUAGGGAUGGAAGGGAGUGGAAUCCUUAAUUGGGAGCACCGCCAUUUCUAGGAGAUGUGUUCUUUGUUCUCUUGCUGUGAUUAUUAAAGUUUCUAACUGGUAAGAUUACCCGAAGCCUGACAUCCGCCUAGUCUUGGGGCUACUUGCUAAGGACGUUGUAUUUUAACUUGUUUACUUCCCUCCUCUCUGAAAUAGAUUAAUUUGGGGCGCCUUUUCUGACAAAUUGGGAGUCCCACAGAAAUCCCAAAGCAAAUGCAGAUCUGUCAAAUCCUAUGGAGUCAGACUCUUUCCCAUCAGAUCCUGAUUUCCAUGUGAUGGUUCUUGCUCCCUUGUAGGUGCCCUUUGGAGAGGUGCAGCUGGUCCGAGACUGGCUCCAGGUCCGUGGGCAGGUGUCCAAGCCACCAAGGGAGCACCCCAAGAGACCUAUCCGGGGCCUGGAAUGCCCCCAGACGGAGGUGAGCGGCGCCCGCUUCUGGGGCUUCUUCCGCUCCUUGUGCGCCAGGCCUGAGGUGUUCUUCCGCCACUGUUUUGUUCACAACCACUGCCCGCUUCUCUUUCUUAGUCACAGCGGACGCAACUUGACUCCGGCCGACCUGCCGGCCGCCAAGCGUGAACAGCUCCUGCAGGUCUGUGACGACGCUCUGUGCGAAGCCGCCAAGCUCUUGGGCGUCAACAUGGUGAUUGGCGUGGGGCGCUUUGCUGAGCAGCGCGCCCGCAAGGCCCUGUCGGCUGCUGGGAUCCCAGUGCGAGUCGAGGGGGUGAUGCACCCAUCACCUCGCAACCCCCAGGCCAACAAGGGCUGGGAUGCCAUCAUCCGAGCAAAACUGGAGGAACUCGGUGUGCUGGCUCUCCUUGUGGAAUGA